GCCUACCCUAAACUGUGAAGAGACGAGAUCACCUGCGCGCUCCUCUUCCGCCAAAAAAAAAAGAAGGGAGAAAAUGUCAAAGCUCUGUUUGAUGGCGAAGAACGCCCUAAAAUCUAGGGUUUCGCCUCUCAAUUCCACUCGAAUCCUUCCAUCAUUUCGAAGCUUUUCGACCGAAGGAGGAGAACCUCAGCAAGAUUCCUCUUCUUCCGCUGAUCCCUUUCUCCAACCUCCUCAAGGUUUUGUUUUUGGGAGGGUGAAUAUUCAAGCAAAGUAUAUGCUGAAGACUGAUAUUAUUCAUUACUUUGAGGGCUGUGAUCUGUCGCCUGCUAAUGUUAAAGUCGAAUACAACAGGGCGUACAAUCCAACUGGCAUACUAUUACAAUUUCCUUCUCAAUCCGCCUUUGAUUUGGGGGUCAAGCAAUCAAUAAGAAAGGGCCGUCAGUACAGGUUGGAGAAGGUGGAUGGUACCCAGUGGGAGCUUAUGCCAUCAUAUGAUGGUAAAACGGUUCUACUACAAGGAAUGCCUCGCACUGCUAUUCCAGAGGACAUAGAACGCGUCCUAUCUGGUUUCGAAUUUGAUCAUAACUUCCAAAUCUUUUCAAGGCCUAUUGGCAUGAACGAGUUUAUCAGGUGUGCACUUAUCCGGUUCCCAACAGCCCUGGAUGCAGUGUCUGCCUUCUUGAGGAAAAACAACAGCUUCUGCCAAAAUAGCCCGAUCACAAUGCGAGUUCUCCAAUGAGCAGGAUUCUCUUACAUUCUUGCAGACCUUGUUAUGUGGUUAAAAUUGAGUGGGAUGUACUUUUGUCAUGAAAAAUGCAUUUGUUGCUUUUUAUAUCCUCGUGGCUUAUAAUUAUGCGUAAUAAUGUAGUUGCAGUAUUCUGUCAUCUUUGAAUCUAUUCCAUGGGUUGGGUAUGACCGUGUACUGAAACUAUCACGAUUUGGUUUCAUUAGUCUGUUAAUAUUUUCUCUCAAGCUAACUGUGGAAGGGGCGAAGAACUAUUUGUAAAACAGUUCAUUGACGCGAUUUGCGUUUGUUAAGAACUGGCAGUGGAUACUUAUGCUGCUGUCGAGCAUCACAUACAA